AUGGACGCACUAUAUGUAAAGGACCCUACAUGUGUCUCAAAUAUUGCCGCUGUCGUUGGUCGUACCGGUACAGAAAAGAAAACUUGGUCCGCGUCUAUGGUCUGCAUAAAUGGCAAUCAUGGCAUGGCAACAUUUUUACCAAAUUUUGACACGUUGCUUACAUGUCAUUUGACGUUUCGCUAUUCCUCUGCCAGCGCAGUCGUUUUUGUAGACUUUCGCGGCCGAUCAUUUGCUUUCGGAUUACAUUGUCCUGUUAAAGUUCUUUACAUUUAUUUAUUAGUGAGUAGAAAAAUGUCGGGAAAAGUUAACAAGGCAUUUACAAAAGAAGAGGAGCUGCUCUUGCAGGACUUCAGUAGGAAUGUUUCUACCAAAUCUUCGGCACUUUUCUAUGGGAAUGCUUUUAUCGUCUCCGCUAUACCCAUAUGGUUGUUCUGGCGAGUGCAUGCUCUGGAGGUGAGCUCGUCGUUGGCCUGGUUCGCUCUGGUCACCACUGCCAGCACUUGGUUCCUGGCACUUGCGUACCGCAACACCAAGUUCCAGCUGAAGCAUCGCGUAGCCGUGAGACGGGAGGAUGCUGUGGCGCGUGAAAUGGCCAGGAAGCUGGCUGAUGAUAAGAAAAUGAGCAGAAAAGAGAAGGACGAGAGAAUCCUGUGGAAGAAAAAUGAGGUGGCAGAUUAUGAAGCAACCACUUACUCAAUCUUCUACAAUAAUGCUCUUUUCCUCACCAUCGUGAUCCUGAGCAGCUUCUACCUGCUGCGUACAUUCACACCUACUGUUAACUACAUCGUAUCCCUGACCUCUGCGUCGGGUCUGCUGGCUCUCCUCUCUACUGGUACAAAGUGA